AUGAGUCUGGUGGGGGGCUUCCCCCACCACCCGGUGGUGCACCAUGAGGGCUAUCCGUUCGCCGCCGCCGCCGCCGCCGCCGCUGCUGCUGCCGCCAGCCGCUGCAGCCACGAGGAGAACCCCUAUUUCCAUGGCUGGCUCAUCGGCCACCCCGAGAUGUCGCCCCCCGACUAUAGCAUGGCCCUGUCCUAUAGCCCCGAGUACGCCAGCGGCGCCGCCGGCCUGGACCACUCCCAUUACGGGGGGGUGCCGCCGGGCGCCGGGCCCCCGGGCCUAGGGGGGCCGCGCCCGGUGAAGCGCCGGGGCACCGCUAACCGCAAGGAGCGGCGUAGGACUCAGAGCAUCAACAGCGCCUUCGCCGAACUGCGCGAGUGUAUCCCCAACGUGCCCGCGGACACCAAACUCUCCAAGAUCAAGACGCUGCGCCUGGCCACCAGCUACAUCGCCUACCUCAUGGACCUGCUGGCCAAGGACGACCAGAAUGGCGAGGCGGAGGCCUUCAAGGCGGAGAUCAAGAAGACAGAUGUGAAAGAAGAGAAGAGGAAGAAGGAGCUGAACGAAAUCUUGAAAAGCACAGUGAGCAGCAACGACAAGAAAACCAAAGGCCGGACGGGCUGGCCGCAGCACGUCUGGGCCCUGGAGCUCAAGCAGUGAGGAGGAGGAGGAGGAGAGCGGGAGUGAGCCAGGGCCCAGGAGCCGGAAGCCGACCCAGGACUCCGGGCAAGCUCUCCACGCUCUGCUCUGAGGACUUCUUGCAGUUGGAAUCAUCCGGUUUAUUUAUGUGCAAUUUGCCUCCCCUCUCUUUGCCCCCCCCUUUGAGGCAUCCGCUCCCCACCUCCCCCCUCCAAAAAAAAAAGUGGAUAUUUGAAGAAAAGCAUUCCAUAUUUUAAUAUGAAGAGGACACUCCUGCGUGGUAAGGGAUCCCGGCGUCUCGUAGAUUCUCUGUGUGUGAAUGUUCCCUCAUGGCUGUGUAGGCACCAGCGUGGCCCCCUCCCCACCUACCCAACCCCUUCCAGAUAAAGACAGCAGACAAUUGUGUGUAUGUAAAGUGUAUCUUUAAUACCUGGCCUUUGGAUAUAAAUAUUCCUGGGGAUUAUAAAGUUUUAUUUCAAAGCAGAAAACGGGGCCGCUAACAUUUCCGUUGGGGUCGGUAUCUAGUGCUGUCUUAUCAUCUGUGGUCAUUCCCUAUUCGAAGAUGUUUCCAACAGCUACUUGUUUUGUGCACUUCCGUCCUC